AAAUUUGGGUUACUCUAUUUUGAAAUAAACGUACAACCUGUCUAUACACAAAAUUCUUGAGAGAAAUUUGUUAAUUAUAUUGGGAGAACUUGCGGGUUGAUAGGGGGAUCCAACUGUCAGAUCUGGGAACAAGGUGAGUAGUUCCCGGCUGCUUGGUGUGAAGACCGGAAAAUUAAUUAAUAUGUUCGGGACAAAUGUGGUGAUCGUAUUUGAUUUUGAUCGAACCCUGAUUGACGAUGAUAGUGAUAGAUGGGUCGUACACAAUAUGGGACUCACCCAUUUCUUCAACAACCUCCGACUAAUUUUACCUUGGAAUGCUCUCAUGGAUAGGAUGAUGGAGGAGCUACAUUCACAGGGUAAAACAGUUGAGCAGAUAGCUGAAUGUUUGAAGCACGUUCCGUUGCAUCCUCGAACAAUUUCAGCCAUAGAAUCAGCUCAUGAUCUUGGGUGUGACUUAAAAAUAGUUAGUGAUGCCAAUCAGUUUUACAUCGAGACUAUAUUGAAACAUCACCGAUUAGACCGAUGUUUCUCGGAGAUCAUUACUAACCCAACUAUGGUAGAUGGAGACGGUAGACUGAGGAUCUUUCCUUAUCAUGAUAUGGCGUCUUUUUGUGGUUGUAAUCUAUGCCCUCCUAACUUGUGCAAGGGUCUUGUUAUUGAGAAGAUCCGAGCUUCCAGGUCUGAGAAAGAGAAAUCAAGAUUCAUAUAUCUUGGUGAUGGGAGAGGUGACUACUGCCCAACCUUGAAGCUUGAUAGAAGAGACUAUGUGAUGCCAAGGAAGGGCUUUCCAUUGUGGGAUCGCCUGCUGAGUAAUCCAAAUCUUUUGAAAGCAGAGUGUCAUGAAUGGAGCAAUGGAGAAGAACUAGAAAGCAUCCUAAUCCAGCUUAUUGAAAAAAUAUGCAAGGAAUAGGAAUUGAUAUUCUUGAUAAGAGUCUAUUGAAAUUGUCAGGGUACAUCUCCCUCCUGCGCCAAUUUCCAGAUGCCUAUAUUAUUGUGGCCAGCCGGUAGGUCUGUGCACUAAAGACAUACCUAUCAUGUUCAUAGAUUAAAUGACCAUAUUGUUUUGAUCAUAGUAAAUGGGUAUCCUUUCAUUUCAGCUUUA